CCACAGAUCCUCGACUAAUUCCGUCGACCACGUGAUCAUACGUAAUACCUCUCUCUGCUGCUCAGUGGUGCUGCUGGGAGAACAGUUGUUUCUUUUAGAACUUUUCUAUUUGACUAAAACAAAAAGCAUGGAGAUCGGGGCGGAGAUCAGCAAGAAAAUUAGAGCUGCUAUCAAGGGCAAACUUCAAGAGCUCGGGGCAUAUAUUGACGAGGAGCUCCCUGACUAUAUUAUGGUGAUGGUAGCAAACAAGAAAACCUCCCAGCAGAUGGCUGACGAUCUCUCCCUUUUCCUUGGAAGCAACACGAUUAAAUUCACAGCCUGGCUACAGGGUGUGCUAGAGAAGUUAAGAUCUGUGGCUGUUGAGCCUGCAUCCCUCAAACAUCAGCUCCAGUCUGACAGCGGUACUGGGACUGGGAAGAGUCGAGCAUCUGUGAGUGAAGACAGCAGAGCAGAGGAGUCGAAGGUGCCGACAGCGUCCAGCUCACGUUCUGAUAGGAAUGAAGCACGUGUGUCCAGCUCUGCUCAUGAAAGCAGGAGAGGCACCAUGGAGAAGACUUCCUCCCGACUUACCUCCGCUGUUAAGCCUCGCAUGGAGAUGCUCCCCUCAGAGGCAGUUAUCGACAUCAAACCAGAGAUGGAUGACGACCUCAUCGCUGAGGACCCUGUAGAAAUAGGCGCCAACCAUGGUCUAACACGUGGCAACGCCAGUCGACCCACAGCUGAAAUCUACAGACCGGGUCAGAGCAAAUUCACAUCAGUUGGCAUUGGUGCAUGUCGCCCCACAGAGGGAUCUUCUCACAGCAGGCAGCAGGACAGCAGAGGCAUCAGAACCUCCAGAACCGGAUCCAGUAAGCAGGAGGAUUUUUCACGGAAACGUAAGGCGCCAGUAGCGAGUUCAGUGGUGCGAGUGAACCGUGUGGAGGAUGAGGACAGUGACGACUUGGAAGACGAGGAUACAGGCUACGGAGGAAGAGGCCUGUCCAGUAGAGUUUCCCUACCCUCCAAACCAGAACGCAAACCUACUCUUCCUCCAGCCAAGCAAGCCAACAGGAAUCUAAUACUCAAGGCCAUCUCUGAAGCUCAGGAUUCAAUCACCAAAACCACAGCCUACCCCACAAUACCACAGAGGCAGACUGUUCCUGUGGCACCUCGUACUCGCUUGGCCAGCAGUGAAGAGAUGAGUGCAGCCAUCCAGCUGGUCCAGGAGCACCUCCACAGCCUGGCUCCAAGGGUCCCGACUUACGCAACUACAGGACUACCUCCUCCCAGAACACCUGCUCCAGUGAGAUCUUUAGCUUCACGCCUCCAGUUGGACUUAGCAGAGAGCAGUGAUGUAGGAGAGCAGAGUGACUGUGGCAGUGAGGCCAAGACAUUUGAUACUCGCUCCUUCAUUAUGAGUCGCCCGCAACUUCAGGAGCCUCCAGCUAGAAACCAGCAGCGUCUUCAGGCCAAAGAGGAAGUCCACUCUGCUUUACCACGCACUGUCCAAGCCAGUAAGGAGAGAGGCGACACUGAAAGCCCCAAGUUCAUAGUGACAUUAGACGGGGUACCGAGCCCGCUGGGGAACCUCGCAGACGCUGAGAUGGAUCUGGAUGACGUCAGACCGCUCACAAAGGGCACUGACGGACCCAGGGAGCCCAAACUCAGUGUCCUUCACCGACUACAGGGAGGAGUCACAUCAUCUGAAGAUGACGUGAUGGACGUUGAUGUAGCAGAGGAGGAUAGCGCUCCUUUAAAGAAACAGAAGGUGAUGGAAAGAUGCAAGUUCUGGCCAGUCUGUAAAAGUGGAGAUGAGUGCAUGUACCAUCACCCUACAACACAGUGCAAGACUUUUCCCAGCUGCAAGUUCGGGGAUAAAUGCCUUUUUGUCCAUCCUAAUUGUAAAUACGACGCCAGGUGCACCAAGUCUGACUGUCCCUUCACUCACGUCAGCCGCAGGAGCACAGCUGCUCCUCCGCCCAGGCCAGCAGCUCAGCCAGUGCAGGUCACGAGUGUGUGUCGCUUCUACCCAGACUGCAAGAAGAUGGAGUGUGCGUUUUAUCAUCCCAAGCCUUGUCGCUUCGCGGCGCAGUGCAAACGAGUUGGAUGUACUUUCUAUCACCCGACCACAUCUGUGCCUCCGAGACACGCCCUGAAGUGGACAAAAACACAGAGCAGCUAAUAAAUCCCAGAGAGUCUGACACAAGUCUGAUGAUGGUUAACAUGUGAACCAGUGGUUGAUGUUCUUUAUCUGUGUUUAUGGAUUUACAUUCUUAGAUUUAAGUGUUCUUUUUUUCAUUUUAUUGUAAUAGUUUGGACUGAUUUUUAAGGAAACGUGUUUUGUAAAACGAACAGUUUUUGCUGAUGCUGUCAGAAUAUUAAAAUACUCCACAAUGAA